AUGGACAUACAGAAGGAAACAGAGAAUCAACAUGAACUAUUACUUUUAUGUUCAAAGCUUGAACAACUCCAGGCCACUGGACAUUUUUCUAGAUGUUAUCUGCAAAACCUCAAAUUGCUUCCCACUACUGAAAACCAAUGCUGGAACAUGCCAGCCUUGAUGAAUCUGAUGAACUGUUGGGAUUGCCAAUUUUCCCCAGAGAAAUUCUGCCAUAUCAUAUGCAUGUGUAUUGAGCAGAAAGAUGACUUUGAUGUGCUAAGAGAUGGGAAGCAAAGUAUCAACCUAAAUGUGCAGAAUUAUACAAUUUCAACUACUUUAUAUCAAGAAACUAUGCUGCUUGAGGCCAUCUCUGGUGCCCAAUACUCAUUAAUGAAUAUCUGGUUGUCUAAGAAGCUCUGGCAUCUCUGUUCUGAAAGAUCACUCUGCAACAAGCUAUGUAUUCUUAAAGACACAAAGCUAGAACUAAGUGCAAAUUUUGCUCCAGCAGAGACUUUUGUUGAUAUACAUAUUGUUAAUUGA